AAUCAAUGCUCAUCCGCAGUUGCUGCAAGAUAACGUAAAAGCUGAAGUUCUGUUUUCGUCAAAAUCUCUUUAGUUUUGUUUAGUUCAACCUGCCGGAAACAUGGGCUACAAAGUCCUCCUUCUUCCACUUGCCCUGGUCCUAUUGUCCACGGCAACCGAAGCCUUCUUCUGUGACGGAAUUCCACCGGGCCUCAAGAUCCGCCAUCCGAUCGCGGCCAUCUGCAAUGAAUAUUUCGCCUGUCACCACAGCCAGGAGCACCCCUGGUUCUGCCCGCGAGGUCAGUUCUUCAGCCAGCGGACGCAAACCUGUGUGGCCACCUGCGACACCAGCGAAUCGCUGAAUCCCUGCAUCGGAAUGCCCAACGGACAGCUGGUGAGGCCGCCGUUGCUGCAGCCGAACAACUGUCGCCAGCACUACGAGUGCAUCAGCGGAAUGAUGGUCCCACGGGAGUGCGAGAUCGGGACGUUCUUCUCGCAGCUCAACCAGGGCUGUGGGUCGGUGCGGGAGCCGCUGUGCAUUCCGGGAUGAAAUACAUUUAUGAAAUAAAUAUGACAAA